GGUUGUGUGGCACCCACACCUCUGUUGUCCAGUAGAGGGCAAUGUUCCUCUCCAGAGUCUGCUGCCUGGGGCAAUUGCCUCACUCUGUGUAAUGAUGGGGUCGGGCCAGAGGAGGGAGUGAUGUCAUUCCAAAAGAGAGGAUGGUUCUGAGGCCGAGAGCGGCAGCUUCCGCUUGGCGGGGAACUGUCCACACGUGAUUGUUCUGGCUGACUUUUCUUUUGAAAACUACAAGCAUAAACAAUAUACUUUUUAUGUUAAGGCUUGGGGGCCCAUCGGAGACAAACUGCUUGAACAGGCUUGCUGAGCCUAAAUGUCAGGAGCUGGUAAGACUGCUGCCCUUUUCCAAAUGCCAAAGGGGCAGAACUAGCUGAAUGAGCAGACCCAGAGGCCAGCCAGCCAAGGGAAAGGCAGCCCUUUGCAGGACACUGGGAUGCAACUGUUGCUCAGCCUCUCUGCACAUCUAUCCCAGUGUGCAAGCGAGCUGGACAUGGGCGUGGUCAGCACAUCUUGCACCAGCCCAAGCCAGAGCCUACAGCCCGUCUGAAGGCAAUCAAGAGGGCUGUGCAGUCAGGAGCUGAAAUGCCACCAGCCCUCCAGCUGACAUUCGAAACGACACAAACUAAAGAUUAGAAAAAUGAGGAAUGGAGAGAAACAGAAGCUGACAGAAUCAUCCAUCCCAGGUGGCACUCCUGUGGCUUCUUUCUGCCUGAUGUUAUUAGGAUCUCUUCCUCCCGACCUCAACUAUUACUCUCAGCCAAGGUCUCUGCAGCAAAUGCUGAAGGAAGGUGCUUUGAGGGGUACGGAAGGACAAGUCUGAACUGAGGCGCAGAAUGAUGGAGGCUUAACCCAAGUCUGUCUCACGGGCCGCAAAGUUCUGGGAAGAGCAGAAGUCUCCACCCAGCCGAACUCGUGACCAUGCACACCGAGCUGAGUUUGAAGUUGCCUCGACUGCUCCACACUAAUCAAGUUCCCAAAGUUUUUCGUGAGCAGGGAAUUCUUUUUGGGUAUCGUCACCCAAGAAGUUCUGCAACGGACUGCAUCUUCAGCCUGUUCCAAAUGACAAAUGAAACCGUGAACAUAUGGUCUCAUUUUCUGCCUGCCUGGUACUUCCUAUGGAAGCUUUUGGCCUUGUUCUAUGCCCUGGAUAUAUGGAACGACUCCUACGCCUGGCCCUUUCUUGCCUACAUGGUGAUGUGCUGCAUUUAUCCGUUGACGUCCAGCUUCGCACACACCUUCAGCACAAUGUCCACCCGUGCUAGGCACAUAUGCUACUUCUUCGAUUACGGUGCUCUCACCUUGUACAGCUUAGGUUCUGCAGUUGCUUAUUCUGCCUAUAUUUUCCCAGAAGAAUGGAUCAACAGCACAUUUCACCAUUACUAUGUCUCCAUCGCUGUGCUUAACACAAUUCUUACCACGAGCCUUUCCUGCUAUUCCAGGCUUGGCCUUCCCUAUUUCCGUUAUAACAGUGGCGGCGUAGAAAGGUUCACUGAAAUGGAGCAGCCCAAGUUCAGCAAAGCGAUACGCACAUUAGCCUUUGCUCAUCCUUACGUGUACGACAGCAUCCCUCUCUUUUACAGGCUGUACUUAUGCGCAGCAAGAAGUUGCACCGACAGCGUAAUUCCAAUCCACUACAAGCACAUAGCCUUUGCCUGCCUUACCUGCUUCCUUUUUGCUAUGCACCUGCCAGAGCGGCUGGCACCUGGACUCUUCGACUACAUUGGGCACAGCCAUCAGCUCUUCCACAUCUGUGGGAUCAUUGGAACCCACUUCCAAAUGGAAGCCCUUCUCGUAGACAUGACUGACCGCCGCGAGUUGCUGCUGGCUUCUUUCCCAGCUCCAUCCUUCUCUCAAACCUUUGGCACAGUCGCAGUUUCUACCACUGUCAGUCUUACCAUCAUUGCUGCUUUCUCAGCGACACUCUAUUCCAUGCCAAAAUUCUUCAGGAAAGGAAGCAAACAUAGGGACUAAUGUUUGUUGAAAACAAAAAUGAAAUUAUACUGCCAUUAACAUAAAAGGUACAACACGCAUCAUCAUGCAUCAGCUAGUCAUCCUUCUUCUAAGAAGGCUUGGUGAACAUUCUUUGAGAAGUGACUUAAGGGAUUAUUUAUUAUUAUUAUUAUGAGUACAAUUUUGUAUUGCAGCUUUCCUAUCACUUGAGCUUGAAAAGUUUACACAAUUUGGGAUGUAGCUUUUAAUUUGAUUAGAUAACAUUUGAUUAUUUAGAACGCCUUACCAUAAUUUUGAGGACUCUGUGAGGACUCUGAAUAACCUCAACCACUAAAGUUUGCAACAGCAGUAAUAAUUUUAUAGUCAUUGCCAUUUAACGUGAUGUGCUGGUUUGCACUGAUAAAGUAGAAACUAUCAACCUCCUCUCAUGCCAAAGCAGCCAACGUGGCCUUUUAAAGUAUUUUCAUGCCUUUUAUAAGCUUGAGAAGACAUGUUAUUGCCAAGAACACCGAGAUGUAAUAUUUCUAUCACAAAACACUAAUGUACAGACUUUUCUAAUUCAGAUAUUAGGUUUCUUUAAAAUUGUUUGUCGAAGAAGUUUAUAUUUUUGUAAAUAGCCUCUACUUGAGGUAUCACACAAGCACUU